AGUAUUACUCUCCAUCCCUUCUCUGUUUCCGAUCCGAUCUUCUCAUUAUUUGGUCUCUGAUAACCACCAAAAUAUCAAGAGCUCUCCCUUUUAAAACGAAAUUAAGCCAACAGUUAACACUUCCUAAGCGGCGAUGUCAUCAGGUUUUAGCGGUGAUGAAACUGCUCCUUUUUUCGGCUUCCUUGGAGCCGCAGCUGCUCUCGUAUUCUCUUGCAUGGGAGCAGCAUAUGGAACAGCAAAGAGUGGAGUAGGAGUGGCAUCAAUGGGAGUGAUGAGACCGGAGCUAGUAAUGAAAUCGAUAGUACCAGUUGUUAUGGCUGGUGUUUUGGGAAUUUAUGGUUUAAUUAUAGCUGUUAUUAUUAGUACUGGUAUCAACCCCAAGGCUAAAUCUUAUUAUCUUUUUGAUGGCUAUGCUCAUUUGUCUUCUGGUCUAUCUUGCGGUCUUGCUGGUUUAUCUGCUGGUAUGGCUAUCGGCAUUGUUGGCGAUGCUGGUGUUAGGGCAAACGCUCAGCAACCAAAGCUGUUUGUGGGGAUGAUUCUGAUCCUCAUCUUUGCAGAAGCACUUGCUCUUUACGGUCUUAUUGUGGGAAUCAUUCUGUCAUCCCGAGCUGGCCAGUCUCGUGCAGAAUAAAAAGGGUGGAUGUAAUGUAUGGCCUCUAUUUAUCAUCUUGAAUCCGAAUUGUAUGGUAUGCUGGACAGUUGCUCGGGAUAUUGCUUACUGUUUGAUUUAGUUUGGUUUGUUAGUUCGACUCUUGUAUAUCUAAGAAACCAGAUAUUCUGGGACUGUACUGCUUGUCAUGGUUUUAUUUAUUUAAGAAUCAUUUCAUA